GUGCGAGAGCAGGAAUUAUUGAAGCAGCUGCUGUGGCUACGGUAUUUGCAAAGUAGUAAUUCUAUAGUGAGCGAAUCAUUUUCCUCGGUCCGUAGAUAGGCUUACUCAAGUGUUCUUAUUGCCAUUUUAUGGCAAAUUUACGCGGUGACGGAGGAAAUAGUUUGUUUCGCCAGUUUCACGUUACAAUCGACAAUCGUCUUUUUGUUUCGGGACGGAAUAUUAAAGUGGCUUCUGAGUGUUUCGGAAGCAGCACAGCAGUGAAAAAUAUAAAUAUUUGCGUAUUAAGUGCAGUGAAAAGGGAUUGAAUUAUUUUUCCACCAUUUCUACUGUCCCCGCCUUGCAGACCGAGGAUAGCGUAAAAUCUACGACGAAGCAGAGGACAGUUCUUUUGAUUCUAUUUUCGAAUAAAAGAAAUAUUUGGUCUACAUACUGAUUGCGUAUUCGCACAUAGCAUUGCAAACGCUGAGUGAUUCUUCAGUAUGUCUCUGCGCUUUUAGAGAUUGCUUGUGCAUGUAGUAUGAGGCACGGGAAAACACUUGGUGCAAUAGUAUACAUCUUUUAUUCGGUUGAUUGUGUUCAUCUUGGCAUACAAGAAGAAGCAAAGCUCGUUGGCCUUAAUCCCGCCGCAAGCGAACUCGUCAGUGGAAAUCCGCUCAAUUUGCGUGUGCAGAACAAAGAAAAAUCCUUCCUGUCCACAGCGAUCACGUCGUAAGUUCACAGUCAACAGUUUGUGUUUUGAUUUCGCCUUCUAGAGGGAGACAAAACCACAGUCAGUGCCUCACCGUCAGCGAAUGAGGUCCGGCGCUAGGUGGGAUGGAAGACGAGCUGGAAGAUAAGAUCCUGUAUCAGACCUUCUUCAAAUCGCACAUGAAGCUCCUGUCGAAAUUCGCAGUCGGCUUCUCGCCGCUCAACGGUUCGGUUGGCUACGCGUUGAAAGUGAUGCGGGUGUACUUACUCAAGCCGGAAGUGCUGAUUGCCGGUCUGUUGAUUUUUGUGAUUGUGCUCUAUCUUCAAGCGAGCGAAGUAUGGAGCCGUGGAUUCAUUGGACGGAUCGGAAGCAGUUUUCGGCUGACCAAAGGAAGCCGAUCAGGCAAGUUGGCCCUGCUGACUUCAGCUGCGGAGAGACACAGCUGGGAGGAAAAGCGAAGCACCAGUGCAGUGUACGCAGUCCAGGGACGAAGGCCACGGAUGGAAGACAGGUUUGUGAUAGAUGAAAACAUCAGCGAGACUGGCAUUUCGAUGUUCGCGAUUUUCGAUGGACACGGCGGCGAAUAUGCGGCAGACUAUGCCAAGUCUGUGUUGGUGAAGAAUUUGAACCAAAAGCUGUCUCAGUCCUCGUUUCUUGCCACCGGGAAGACUGCGGCGACGAGGUUAAACGCAGCAGUGGAGGAGACCAGCGCCAAAGCCAAAGAAUGUGGUGACAGCGGGGAUGAGGAUGAGGAGAUCAAUGAACGACAUAAGCUCAACUCGAAUACGUUGGCAAGCUCAGGCGGUGGUAGCAGCAACACCGGAGCUGCCACCCAACGAAGACAGAGCUUUCGCAGGUCCAAGACGGAGGAUGUGGUGGACAAACCCAGCGGAAGUGGUGGACAGACUGGCAACAGUAACAACAACAACAACAACAACAAAGCGAACAAUCAGCUGGAAACAGAUCUGCUCAAUAAAUAUAUGGGCAAUCCAUCGCCGAUGAGACAUAUCACAAAGCAGGAUCUACUUAACGGGAAGGCAGGACAAAGCGCCUCCACUAAGCCCCAAACGUACGAGGCAAAAUGCUACGUACAGAAUGGAAGUAUUAAUUAUGGCAAGAUUAUCAAGGAUGAGGUUCUGGCAGCGGAUUACGACCUGGUGGAAAUGGCUAAAAGAGUGUCCAACUUUGCCGGCACGACCGCCUUGAUCGCAGUGAUGCACAACACCAAGCUGAUUGUGGCCAACGUCGGCGACUCGCGGGGCGUUAUGUGUGAUUUCAAGGGCAACGCCAUUCCUCUCUCGUUCGACCACAAACCCCAACAGGUGCGGGAGCAGAAGCGAAUUGCCGACGCUGGUGGUUUCAUCGCAUUCAAGGGGGUCUGGCGGGUGGCGGGUAUUCUCGCGACCUCCCGAGCGCUUGGCGAUUACCCCCUGAAGGAGAAAAAUCUCGUUAUCGCAGAGCCGGACAUUCUGUCGUUUGAUCUGGUUGAUCAUAGACCAAUGUUCUUGAUUCUGGCAACAGAUGGGCUGUGGGACACGUUUACGAACGAGGAAGCCGUGGCGUACAUCCGAGAGCGACUUGACGAGCCACAUUUCGGCGCUAAAAGUAUCACCCUGCAGUCGUACAAUCGCGGCUCGGUGGACAACAUCACGGUGCUUGUGAUUGUUUUCAAAAACGGCCGAUAUGAGAUUGGUUCGUCAAAUGGAAACUGAAAGAUAAGACAAAAAAACAGAAAACAAUGGGAGAAUGAUCUGUACAAUAAUGGAACAAAGAUUACAAUCAGUGACAAAUUUAUAUUUAUAUAAAGAUGAAUCAGAUUUCAUUUAUUAGGAAAUAACGUUCUCUUGCGCUGUGUUUAGUUGACUUGUACGAUCUCCUCAAACUCGGGGCAGCGAAAUCAGUCGUUAUCGUUCGCGCCGGGACAGCUUUACAUUUAUUAUGUUUUAUCCUGAUUUACCUAAUUUAGAGUUUAUUGUCGGUUAGUUUUUAAAACGGAAAGCCCUCCAAACCAUGUAGAAGAUCGCUAAAAAGCAUCACUAACUCCGCCCAAUUAUCAACCUGCAGCCAACACAAAGUGUACACAGCGGUUCGAUUUGUUUUUGCUUAGCUUUCCCUGAACACCUGUCCCGAUAACCCGUUGAUUCAUCCCUCCCUGACUAUGAUAGGUUAGGUGCAUUUUUAGCAGCUGAAUUUUAAUCUGGUCCUAGUGAGAGUUAUUAAUUCGUAAGACUACUUUUCUCGAAGUGCUCAAUAGAUAUAUGCAUUGUAAACGUUACGAUAAGAAGCUUUUUAUAUACUAUCACUGUGCCUGGGUAACGAAACUUAAACAAGGUUUUAGGAAUGAAAAAAAUAUAUAGUUUGGACAUAUUGGUGCCAAACCAAUUUCGGAAGAAGAUUCGCGAAGAGAAAACAAUCAGACGGCCGGCGUUUUCAUCAUCACAAAUAUAAGGCUAAGUAACGAACCUUUCAAUUACUAAGAAUACAGUACAGUGGAAAAACAAAGCAAAUCACAUAAACAAAUUCACAGAUAUAUAUCCUUGUGAAGUUUCCUUAAAUCGGUUGUAACAAACAGAGUUGAAAUAAUCUAAUGGACCACUAAUGCACGAUUUUUAAUCUAUAUGUUAAGAAAUGAGUUCGCUCUAAUAGUGGAAUCAUCUUUUUGUAAGCCAAAGCGGAAGAGGUAUCAGAUAAAUAAAAAUACCGGGUUGAUA